UCUCCCCAGAGUUCCUGGUGGCCUCUGAGCAGUUCUUUUCCACCAUGGUGCCUCCUGGGGUCUACAUGAGAAAUGCCAGUUGUCACUUCCAGGAGGUCAUCAAUAGGAACUCAAGUACCUCCAGGGCUCUCCGGGUCUGCAAUAGCUACUGGAGCCGAAAGCAUCCAAACCUACGGAGAGCUGAAGAUGUGGAUGCGCUACUGCUGGGCAUGGCCUCCCAGAUCGCUGAGCGAGAGGACCAUGUCGUGGUUGAGGAUGUACUAGAUUUCUGGCCUGGGCCCCUGAAGUUCUCUCGUACAGACCACCUGGCUGGCUGCCUGCAAAGGGGCCGGGAUCUGGGCUUGCCCUCUUAUACCAAGGCCAGGGCAGCACUGGGUCUUCCUCCUAUUACCAGAUGGCAGGACAUCAACCCUGCACUCUCCCAGAGCAACCAUACCGUACUGGAGGCCACAGCUGCCCUGUACAACCAGGACCUGUCCUGGCUGGAGCUGCUCCCCGGGGGGCUCCUGGAGAGCCAUGGGGACCCUGGGCCCCUCUUCAGCACCAUCGUCCUUAACCAGUUUGUGAGGCUGCGGGAUGGCGACCGCUACUGGUUUGAGAACACCAGGAAUGGGCUGUUCUCUGAGGAAGAAAUUGCAGAGAUCAGAAACACUUCCCUACGGGAUGUUCUAGUGGCUGUCACCAACACGAACCCCAGUGCCCUGCAGCCCAAUGUCUUCUUCUGGCAUAUGGGAGACCCCUGCCCGCAGCCAAGACAACUCAGCACUGAGGGCCUGCCAGCCUGUGGUCCCUCCAUCAUGCGGGACUAUUUUGAAGGCAGUGGAUUUGGCUUUGGGGUCACGAUCGGGACUCUCUGCUGCUUCCCCCUGGUGAGCCUGCUUAGUGCCUGGAUUGUUGCCCGGCUCCGAAGGAGAAAUUUCAAGAGGCUCCAGGGCCAGGACCGCCAGAGCAUCAUGUCUGAGAAACUCGUGGGGGGCAUGGAAGCAUUGGAAUGGCAGGGCCACAGGGAGCCCUCCCGGCCUGUGCUGGUGCACCUGCAGCCUGGGCAGAUCUGCGUGGUGGACGGCAGGCUCUCUGUGCUCCGCACCAUCCAGCUGCGGCCCCCGCAGCAGGUCAACCUCAUCCUGUCCGGCAACCGCGGACGCCGCGCCCUCCUGCUCAAGAUCCCCAAGGAGUAUGACCUGGUGCUGCUAUUUAACCUGGAGGCGGAGCGGCAGGUGCUGGUGGAAAACCUUCGGGGGACCCUGAAGGAGAGCGGGCUGAGGUUCCAGGAGUGGGAGCUGCGGGAGCAGGAGCUGAUGAGGGCGGCCGUGACACUAGAGCAGAGGAGCCACCUCCUGGAGACCUUUUUCAGGCACCUUUUCUCCCAGGUGCUGGACAUCGACCAGGCGGACGCAGGGACCCUGCCCCUGGACUCAUCACAGAAGGUACGGGAGGCCCUGACUUGCGAGCUGAGCAGAGUUGAGUUUGCCGAGUCCCUGGGCCUCAAGCCCCAGGACAUGUUUGUGGAGUCCAUGUUCUCCCUGGCUGACAAAGAUGGCAAUGGCUACCUGUCCUUCCGGGAGUUCCUGGACAUCCUGGUGGUCUUCAUGAAAGGCUCUCCUGAGGAGAAGUCUCGCCUUAUGUUCCGCAUGUAUGACUUUGAUGGGAAUGGUCUCAUUUCCAAGGACGAGUUCAUCAGGAUGCUGAGGUCCUUCAUCGAGAUCUCCAACAACUGCCUGUCCAAGGCCCAGCUGAAGGAGGUGGUGGAGUCCAUGUUCCGGGAGUCCGGCUUCCAGGACAAGGAGGAGCUGACGUGGGAGGACUUCCACUUCAUGCUGCGGGACCAUGACAGCGAGCUCCGAUUCACGCAGCUCUGCGUCAGAGGGGUGGAGGUGCCGGAAGUCAUCAAGGACCUCUGCCGGAGAGCCUCCUACAUCAGCCAGGAAAAGAUCUGCAACCCUGAUGUGGAAUGUGCAGCACAGAGACUGCAGUGCCCCAUGGACACAGACCCUCCCCAGGAGAUUCGACGGAGGUUUGGCAAGAAGGUAACAUCGUUCCAGCCCCUGCUGUUCACGGAAGCUCACCGGGAGAAGUUUCAACGGGGCCGGCGCCACCAGACCUUGCAGCAGUUCAAGCGCUUCAUCGAGAACUACCGCCGCCACAUUGGCUGCGUGGCCGUGUUCUACGCCAUCACUGGGGGCCUUUUCCUGGAGCGGGCCUACUACUACGCCUUUGGGGCUCACCAUAUGGGCAUCACGGACACCACCCGUGUGGGCAUCAUCCUGUCCCGGGGCACGGCCGCCAGCAUCUCUUUCAUGUUCUCCUACAUCCUGCUCACCAUGUGCCGCAACCUCAUCACCUUCCUGCGAGAGACCUUCCUCAACCGCUACGUGCCCUUCGACGCCGCCGUGGACUUCCAUCGGCUCAUUGCCUCCACGGCCAUCGUCCUCACAGUCUUGCACAGUGUGGGCCAUGUGGUGAAUGUGUACCUGUUCUCCAUCAGCCCACUCAGUGUCCUCUCCUGCCUCUUCCCUGGACUCUUCCAUGACGACGGGUCUGAGUUUCCCCAGAAGUAUUACUGGUGGUUCUUCCAGACUGUGCCAGGCCUCACGGGGGUCCUGCUGCUCCUGGUCCUGGCCAUCAUGUAUGUCUUCGCCUCCCACCACUUCCGGCGCCACAGCUUCCGGGGCUUCUGGCUGACCCACCACCUCUACAUCCUGCUCUAUGUGCUGCUCAUCAUCCACGGCAGCUUCGGCCUGAUCCAGCUGCCCCGUUUCCACAUCUACUUCCUGGUCCCGGCACUAAUCUAUGGGGGAGACAAGCUGGUGAGCCUGAGCCGGAAGAAGGUGGAGAUCAGCGUGGUGAAGGCAGAGCUGCUGCCUUCAGGAGUCACCCACCUGCAGUUCCAGCGGCCCCAAGGCUUUGAGUACAAGUCGGGACAGUGGGUGCGGAUCGCCUGCUUGGCUCUGGGGACCACUGAGUACCACCCGUUCACACUGACUUCUGCACCCCAUGAGGACACUCUCAGCCUGCACAUCCGGGCGGCAGGGCCCUGGACCACUCGGCUCAGGGAGAUCUACUCACCUCCAACGGGAGAUGGCUGUGCCAGAUACCCGAAGCUAUACCUUGAUGGACCAUUUGGAGAGGGCCACCAGGAAUGGCAUAAGUUUGAGGUGUCAGUGCUGGUGGGAGGGGGCAUUGGGGUCACCCCCUUUGCCUCCAUCCUCAAAGACCUGGUCUUCAAGUCAUCAGUCAGCUGCCAAGUGUUCUGUAAGAAGAUCUACUUCAUCUGGGUGACGCGAACCCAGCGGCAGUUUGAGUGGCUGGCUGACAUCAUCCGGGAGGUGGAGGAGAAUGACUGCCAGGACCUGGUGUCCGUGCACAUCUACAUCACCCAGCUGGCCGAGAAGUUCGACCUCAGGACCACCAUGCUGUACAUCUGUGAGCGGCACUUCCAGAAGGUGCUGAACCGGAGUCUGUUCACGGGCCUGCGCUCCAUCACCCACUUUGGCCGCCCCCCCUUCGAGCCCUUCUUCAAGUCCCUGCAGGAGGUCCACCCGCAGGUCCGGAAGAUUGGGGUGUUUAGCUGUGGCCCCCCUGGCAUGACCAAGAAUGUGGAAAAGGCCUGUCAGCUCAUCAAUAAGCAGGAUCGGACUCACUUCUCCCACCAUUAUGAGAACUUCUAGGCCUCCUGCCCAGGGGCUCUUCCCACUGCCCAGCUGAGCAGAGGUUUGGGCCCCCACCACACUCUGUACUUCCUAUUUCUGACUCCUUCUGCCUCCUCCUCAUUCCUACCUCCCAACCUUGGUCCAGGUGGUCAUAGUCAGUCACCCCAUAUGGGUUCAGAGACCCCCAAGUCCAGAAUGCCUCAGCCUGGAGAAGUGGGAGGCAUUGUCUGGGCAACAGAGGUUGGGAGGUAGGAGAGCUAUUAUUACUUUGGGGCAAAGUGACACCUCUUCUUCCAAACUAAGAAAAAGCCUCAAAAGACUGGAGCUGACUGUAUGUGUAUUAGGGGGCUGUGAGCCUAAGGAUAAAGUAGGAGCACAGAUGCUGGCAUCUUGGAACUUCCCCCCCACAACCUCCCCCUCCUCUAGGCUCCCCACUGUCAAAAGGGCUGGCAAAUGCCUUGGGGUGGGGUAGAGGCUGGGCCCGCAGAGAGAAGUCUGCAGGAACCCCCUCAGCAUCCUAGUCUAACAGCACAACUGAUCUUUUCUCCCCAGUUUUUAAACAUGUACUGUAGUCAGAAUCUGGCCCAAUCUGUGGUGCUCCUCAGGCCUUGUCUCUUCUUCCUACUGCAGCAGUCUCCUUUACAAAUAAACCACUUUUCUGCA